AUGGCAGCACCGGCCGACUUCCCGGCUGAGUUUCUGUCGCUCGAAGCGGAUUUCGUCGACUGCAAAAUUGCUAUCAACAACAGCAUCGGUGACGUGUUACGUGGCAGAGCCACUACAGUGAGCAAUGCUUCGCCGAUUGUGCAAGCGCGAGUGGUCGAAGCUCAGCGCUAUAUCAAACUCAUGACGGUUGAAGUGCGGGGUCGACCACUGCAAUUGAAAAGAGCGAUGCAAACGAAGAUCAAUUUGUACCGAGAAGAGCUGCAAGGGCUGAUUCGAGACGUGGAGCGAGCACAGCUCAUGGCUCAGAAAGACAAAGUUGCUUCGAGUAGCGCAGGAAAUCACAUGUCGCAGUACGAGCGCCUGGUCAAGAAUAAUGAUCGACUUACCAUGUCGACUAAGAAACUAGAAGAGACGCAUCGGAUCGUUGCUGAGACGGAAGAGGUCGGGAUUAGUGUACUAGACACAAUGGCACAGCAGCGGGAGACUCUUCUUGGAACUCACGAAAAAGUCCGUGAGACGGGGGCAAUGACAACCGAAGCACGACGGGUUCUGCAGCGUAUGACGCGCCGGAUCAUCACCAACACUAUCGUGCUGUACACAACCAUUUUCGCGCUCAUCGUUACCAUCUGCUACGUGCUGUAUGCUGAUUUCAUCCGUGUCACGCGGUUGUUCUAA